AUGGGGACCCUGCGGGACCUGCAGUACGCCCUGCAGGCCAAGGUGGAGGAGCUGCGUCAGCGCGACGCCCUGAUCGACGAGCUGGAGCUGGAGCUGGACCAGAAGGACGAGCUGAUCCAGCGGCUGCAGAACGAGCUGGACAAGUACCGGUCGGUGGUCCGGCCCGCCACGGCCCAGCAGCGGGUCCGGGCCCGGCAGCAGGGCCCGGGCCCGCAGCCGGACCAGCACCGCAGCAAGAGGCAGGCCAUCUCGGCCGAGCCCACCGCCGCCGACAUCAGCGACCUCUGCCACGUCACGCUGCCCUCCUACCCCAAGAGCUCCGGGUCCAAGGAGCUCAUCAAGGACGCCAUCCUGGACAACGACUUCAUGAAGAACCUGCAGCCGUCCCAGAUCCACGAGGUGGUGGACUGCAUGUACCCGGUGCAUUAUGGGAAGGACGCCUGCAUCAUCCGGGAGGGCGACGUGGGCUCGCUGGUCUUCGUGAUGGAGGAAGGGAAGGUGGAGGUGACCAAAGAGGGGGUGAAGCUGUGCACCAUGGGACCGGGGAAGGUGUUCGGGGAACUGGCCAUCCUCUACAACUGCACCAGGACAGCCACCGUCAGAACUCUGACCCACAUCAAGCUUUGGGCCAUCGACCGCCAGUGUUUCCAGACCAUCAUGAUGAGGACUGGACUCAUCAAACACGCCGAGUACAUGGACUUUCUGAAGAGUGUUCCGACCUUCCAAAGUCUUCCGGAGGAAACGCUCAGCAAGCUGGCGGACGUCAUGGAGGAGACUCACUACGAGGACGGCGAGUACAUCGUCAGGCAGGGAGCUCCGGGAGACACCUUCUUCAUCAUCAGCAAGGGGAAGGUGAACGUGACCCAGGGGGAUUCAGCCAAUCAGGAGCCGGUGCACCUGCGGGAGCUGUCCAGAGGAGACUGGUUUGGAGAGCGAGCGCUGCAGGGGGAGGACGUGAGGACAGCCAACGUUGUCGCUGCUGACACCGUCAUCUGUCUGGUCAUUGAUCGUGACUCCUUCAAGCACCUGAUCGGCGGCCUGGAGGACGUUUCUAAUAAAGCCUACGAAGACGGGGACGCCAAGGCCCAGUACGAAGCCGAGAACUCCUUCUUCUCCGGCCUGAAGCUCGGAGACUUCAACCUCAUCGACACGCUGGGAGUCGGGGGGUUUGGACGCGUGGAGCUGGUGCAGCUGAAGAACGAGGAGGCCAAGACCUUCGCCAUGAAGAUCCUGAAGAAGCGCCACAUCGUGGACACGAGGCAGCAGGAGCACAUUCGCUCGGAGAAACACAUCAUGACCGAGACGCACUCCGACUUCAUCGUCAGGCUGCACCGGACGUUCAAAGACAGGAAAUACCUGUACAUGCUGAUGGAGGCUUGUCUGGGCGGAGAGCUGUGGACCAUCCUGAGAGACAGGGGUUCGUUUGAAGAUUCCACCACCAGGUUCUACACGGGCUGCGUCCUCGAGGCGUUUGCUUACCUGCACGCCAAAGGCAUCAUAUACCGGGACCUGAAACCUGAAAACCUGGUCCUGGACCGCCGAGGAUACGCCAAACUGGUGGACUUUGGUUUUGCAAAAAAGAUCGGCUUCUGUAAGAAAACGUGGACCUUCUGCGGAACGCCGGAGUACGUUGCCCCGGAGAUCAUCCUCAACAAGGGCCACGACGUGUCGGCCGACUACUGGUCCCUGGGAGUCCUGAUGUACGAGCUGCUGACCGGCAGUCCUCCGUUCUCGGGUCCGGAUCCCAUGAAGACCUACAACAUCAUCCUGAGGGGGAUCGACAUGAUCGAGUUCCCCAAGAAGAUCACGAAGAACGCCACCCACCUCAUCAAGAAGCUGUGCAGGGACAAUCCCUCGGAGAGGCUGGGAAACCUGAAGAACGGAGUGAAGGACAUCCAGAAGCACAAGUGGUUCGAGGGCUUCAACUGGGACGGGCUGAAGAAAGGAACUCUGACUCCGCCCAUCGUACCCGUGGUCUCCUCUGCGGUCGACACCAGCAACUUCGACAGUUUUCCCGAAGACCGCGAGGACCCGCCUCCGGAUGACGACUCCGGCUGGGACCACGACUUCUGAGGUUUCUGGUGGACCUGGUUUCUGGUGGACCUGGUUUCUGGUGGACCCGGCGUACACGAAGGAGCACGGAGAGGAGGCUGCUGGUCCAGCGGUUCCUGGUACCUGGACCUGGACCUGCAGGUUCCAGUCCUGAACCGGCGUUCGUUCUGACGCCUGAGACACAUUCAAACUUUACCGUUUCCUCGAUGACUCGGGGGACGAUUCCUGAAGAACCUCACAAGGAACCUCGAGGAAC